CGUCAUCAGUUCUUGCAGACGAACUUUCGGACACCGAAAAUAAGAAAAAAAGUUGUCUUGUGUCUUCUGAGGGUCGCAGACUACUUUAGCUGGUACGUGUGUCCUGGGGAAGAUAGUGUCUGCGUUCUGAUGUAACUGAGAAGACGUUCAGGCACGCAGUUCGUCUCAUUCUGCCCUUGCAACGGUGAAAGAGACUGAUAAUCAGCUGAACACUUGGACAGAGACAGUGUUUAGAGAUGGAUGUGCUGCGUCCAGAUCUGGUCUGGGUGGACGGCAGAUGUUACAGGAAGAACUUCCUGUCUGACUCCGGUCCAGAUGAGCAGCAGGAGGAGGAGGAGGAUGUUGCCAUGGCAACAGGAUGCAGGGAUAACGUGUACGCCGAUGAGUCGUGUGACAUCAUCCCGGUCCAGAGGACGGACCGCGGCUACAAGCUGACCCUCGACCUUCCCAGCGACCUCUUCAAGUUCAUCAUCGGUCGGAAGGGGGAGACGAAGAAACGGCUGGAGACGGAGACAAGGUCGCAGGUGCAGAUUCCCAAGGUCGGCGCCGGGGGAGAGGUCGUCAUCACGGGGUCGGACAAACAGGGGGUUCUGUCUGCCAUGAGGAGGAUACAGAUACUGGCUGACUCAGGAAGAGCCAAGCUGCCCUUCACCCACUUCCUGUCGUUGCCCCUGACGACCACGCCCAUCAAGGAGGGCUUCCAGGAAUUCCAGUCCAGCGUGCUGGCAGAGUGUGGCCAGGACCAAGGCAUAGAUGCGAGUAUAUUCCAGAACCCAGACAAGCUGCACCUGACCCUGACCACUCUGGUUCUGCUGACAGAGAAGGAAGUGGCCGCGGCUGAGAGGGUCUUAAAGGAGUGUGUGGAGGAUCUCGUGUCUCCUCUUCUCAGGGGAAAGCCUCUCCAGGUGGACGUGCGUGGGAUUGAGUACAUGAACGACGACCCUGCCAUGGUGGACGUGCUGUAUGCACAGGUGCAUCUGCCUGAUGGUUCCGACAAACUGCAGACGAUGGCGGACGGGGUUGUGGAGCGGUUUGUGUCAGCGGGGCUGACCGAGCAAGAAUACGACCGCGUCAAACUCCACACGACCGUCAUGAACACGUUAUUCCGGCGGGAUCCGAGCGCCAGCCCCGACAAAUCCAGCAGAAAGGCUGGGAAGGGCCGGCCGCUCAAGGAGAGGGAGUCCUUCGAUGCUCGGAACGUCUUAAAGAUCUUCGGGGACUUUCACUUCGGCAAGACGGACUUGAACUCGAUACAUCUGUCUGAGAGGUUCUCCUCGGACAGUAAGACGGGAUAUUAUAACUGCGCUGCGGCUGUGGAACUGACAUGAUUCAAGGUCAUCUCAACAUAGAACAUGUAGUAAGAAUCGUUGGUGAAAGUUAAAGAUACUCAUAGACUAUUCAAUCAUCCAGGAGGUAGAAAAAACACUCCAUGAUUUAAUCUCUUAUCAUCAUCUUGUCACAAGUACAGCAUCGAUGUCCAGGAAGACUAGUCUCUCGAAUGGCUCUCUGAAUAAAGAAUUAAGUGUAAAAUAAUUUGCAGCCUUUUUUAUUGUCCCAAGUAAUAAGAUUAACAAUCCUGUCUAUAGUGGCCACCUGCCUGUCAAUGUGACCAGUUUCUUCAGAAUCUAUAUUAUGUUUGACUUUACAGUAUUAAGUACUUAGUAUUUGUUUCCACACAACAGUACUUAAGAAAGAAAGAAAAGGGAAUUCUUGUCCCCAAUACGUCCACUUUUACACAUAGUAUUUUCAUGGAGGUAGAAUGGUGGUUUGCAUACUUUUUAUCUUUAUCCUACUGCAGUUUUUACCUACAUCGGUAGAUGUCAUUAAUGUCACGUUCAGUUUGAACCCUGACCCGUGGCUUGGAUGACUUUCUCCCUGUUUUGAUAGAAACCAGAAUUAGAUUCGACGUGUUUUGUAAAAAUAAGAAUAAAGAUAGGAGGGUGAAAUGGCUUUAAUUAUUAAAAACCAUUGUUCGUAGAA